AGGGCCCGCCAUCUUGUGCGGCAGCGAGCAGGGCGCGGGGGGCCCGGUAGCAUCCGCGCAGGAUCCCGCCGACGGGGGCCCAUCAUGCCCGGACACCUGCAGGAGGGCUUCGGGUGCGUCGUCACCAACCGCUUCGAUCAGCUCUUCGAUGACGAGUCCGACCCCUUCGAGGUGCUGCGCGCGGCGGAGAGCCGGAGGAAGGAGAGCGGCGGCGGCGGCGGCGGGAGCCAAGCGGGCGGCGGGGCCCGCGGCCCGGCGGGCGCCCAGAGCGGCUCCUCGGGCGGCGCCGGCGGAGCAGGCCAGGCGGGCGGCGGCGCGGGCAGCGCGGCCAAGCAGCUGCGCAGGGAGUCGCAGAAGGAGCGCAAGAACCCGCUGCCGCCCUUCGCCGGCGGAGACCGCCGGGAGGAUGGCGGGGGCCAGCCCGGAGCGCCGCUGCGGAAGGAGGGGAUAAGGAGGAUUGGCAGGAGGCCUGAUCAGCAGCAGCAGCAACAGCAGCAGGGCGAAGGCAAACCCAUCGACAGGAGACCCGAGCGACGACCUCCCCGCGAGCGCCGCUUCGAGAAACCCGCCGAGGAGAAGGGCGAGGGAGGAGAGUUCUCUGUGGAUAAACCCAUCCUGGACCGACCCAUGCGUGGACGUGGAGGCCUGGGCCGGGGCCGUGGCCGCGGGCGCGGGAUGGGCCGAGGAGAUGGGUUUGACUCUCGUGGCAAACGGGAAUUUGACAGACACAGUGGCAGCGAUAGAUCUUCUGUUUCACAUUCACAUUUCAGCGGCCUAAAGCACGAGGACAAGCGCGGUGGCAGCGGAUCACACAACUGGGGAACCGUCAAAGACGAGCUAACUGAAUUGGAUCAGUCAGCUGUAACUGAGGAAACGCCGGAGGGAGAGGAGCAUCCGCCUGCUGAUUCUGAAAAUAAAGAGAAUGAGGUUGAAGAAGUUAAGGAAGAAGGCCCCAAGGAGAUGACCCUGGAUGAGUGGAAAGCCAUUCAAAGCAAGGAUCGUGCAAAAGUCGAGUUCAACAUCCGCAAACCAAACGAGGGAGCUGAUGGGCAGUGGAAAAAAGGAUUUGUGCUCCACAAGUCAAAGAGUGAGGAGACAAAGGCGAUGACAGAAAUGCAGGGGAGUCUGCUGGAUUCAAAUGAGGCUCACGCUGAGGACUCGGUCAUGGAUCACCACUUCCGCAAGCCCGCCAACGACAUCACGUCCCAGCUGGAGAUCAACUUUGGAGACCUGGGCCGCCCCGGGCGCGGCGGCAGAGGGGGCCGGGGGGGCCGGGGCCGCGGGGGCAGGGCCAGCCGUGGAGGCAGGACCGACAAGUUGGUCAAGGAGUUUGAUGUGAUCCACACGCCCAACCAGUCAAGUGCUUCUGCUCCUGACGUAGAUGACCCAGAGGCUUUCCCAGCUCUGUCCUAAACUGGAUGUCAUAAAGCCAACCCUGCCCUGGUCGGGCCUUCCUCUCCGAGGCUUGCAUGCUUAAGGAUCCUAAAACAACUAAGAAAUUGAAAAAAAAACAAAACAAAAAAAAAAAACAAAAAAAAAAAGAGACUGUCAUUCAUACCAUUCACACCUAAAGACUGAAUUUUAUCUGUUUUGAAAAUGAACUUCUCUCGCUACACAGAAGCAACAAUAUGGUAGUCAAGUUUUGUAUCUAGAAAUGUAAUGGUAGCAGGGAUGUUUUCAUAAUUUUUUCAGAGAUUAUGCAUUCUUCAUGGAUACUUUUUUGUAUUGCUGCUUGAAAAUAUGCGUUUCCAAACUUGAAAUAUAGGUGUGAACAGUGUGUACCAGUUAAAAGCUUUCCCUUCA